GCUUGAUCUUGUUUGCCGCCGCGCCGCUCGGUGGCGCUUCACUGAGGGGAUGGACAUGUCAGCAUGGCGGCAGCGUUAGCCGCAUGUGAGCGCAGACGCAGUGCCAAGUCGGCCCUGGCGUUGUCGGCAAAGAUGGCCAGAGAACGUGUACCUGCUCACUCCAAAGUUGAGAGGAAGAAGAAGCAGGUCUUGCCACCCAAAAGCUGUCGGUAUGUCAAGAUCUACACAUACCAAGAGCACUUGGAUUGCUUUGCGCCGCCUUUGGGUGACAGUACCACCCCUCCGAGUCACUGGCCAGAAGGCUUCCAAGUGUCAACAUUACCUCGGGUGGCUUGGCUCCCACCAGGUUGGGGACAAGCUUUCAAGGAAGAUUGCGAUCGGAAAUUCUAUGUGGCUCCAGAGCACUUGGGAUCCAGAGCGAUGGUCAACAAGCUGAAUGUGGAGCUUACAGUGGGGAAGAAGUUGAAACCUGCAGAUCAACAUGGCUUUAUCCUGGGAGAUGAUUACGUCAAAAAGUGGCCUCCAUGGCUUCCGAAAGAUUGGCGCAUCGCGUACUUUCGCUCCGCAGGCGGCUCCUUGAAGCCCUGCUUCUUGUCGCCUACCGGGGUGCAGUACAACAAUAAGAAAGAGGUCUUGGCGAAGAAAAAGGAGGAGAUCACAGAUAAGAGAGUGGGUCUCAAAGCUCUGGCAUCAAGGCCGCAAGGUGCCAAAACCGGCGACAACGGGAAGCUGAGGGGUGGAUUUGCACAGCGGCUUGCCAGAAAGGCAGCCGAAAAGAAGCCCAGGACAGCAAGGACAGCAAGAGGCCGGAGAAAGAUGCCAAAGCCAGAGCCAAAAUGCUUUCGAACCUUUACUUCACAAGAACUCAUUGAAUGCUUUGCGCCACCUUUGGGUGACAGUUUGACACCGCCAAGCCAUUGGCCAGAAGGCUUGAAAGUGUCUCGACUCCCCCGCAUCAGUUGGCUCCCACCAAACUGGGGGCAAGCUUAUCGAGAUGGUCUGCGGCGCAAAUUGUAUGUGGCACCGCCAGGGAAAGGUUCCAGAGUUGUCUUUCAUCGAGAAAACGUGGAGCGAAUUGAGGGCAGAAGACUCUACCCCAUGGAUCAGCAUGGACUUCAUUUGGGACAUGAAUGCAUCACACAGUGGCCUGGCUGGCUGCCCAAAGAUUGGAUGAUUGGCUAUUUCAAAGUCCGUGACACUGUGAAGGUUUGUUUUCUGAGCCCAAAAGGGGCCAGAUUUCAAGAUCGCAAAGGUGUUCUUGAUUCGUUGAACCCAGACCGCGGCAAGCGAAAGCCAACCAAGCUCAAUCCGAAAAGGAAGCGGAAACCAAAAAAGAAACCGAUCAAUAUUGUGCUAGGCGAGUUUGCACAUCGUAUGGCCUUCAAGUUAAGACAACGAGCAAUUUUUUCCCUGCGAGAUUCGCUGGCAUUUCAUGCUGAGGGCGAAGAUGAACUACCAGACACAUGCGACAUUUUUCGGAGUUUUACCUAUGAAGAAUUUGAUCAGUGCUUUGCGCCACCACUUGGUGAUGUCACUACGCCUCCGGCACACUGGCCUGAAGGGUUAGAGGUGUGCACGCUGCCACGCAUAAGCUGGCUGCCACCUGGGUGGGGUCAAGGCAUUCGAAUUGGGCAGAAAGGCCGUCGUCUGAAAGUCUUCGUUGCACCUGAAGGUCACGGCCGGUUGGUGGUGAACAACAAGCAAAACAUGGAAGUGAUCCUGCAAACCAGAUUGAGACCCCUUGAUCAGCACGGUAAACUACUGGGCCUGGGAGAUGAGUGUAUUGAACGUUGGCCUAUUUGGUUGCCGAAAACUUGGCGAAUUGCAUACUACAAAGAACAAGGUGAAGUCAGGCCCUGCUUCGUGAGCCCUUCGGGGGUCCGAUGCUCAAAACGGUCAAAGGUCUUAGCAGAGGCUCAGCAGCAAAAGGCCGUUGACGAAGCCAACGCCGCAGAAGCCGAUCGCCUAAGCAAGCGCAAGCGCUUGCGCAAGGCAGAGGUGGUGGAGGUAGACAAUUCUGAUGAUGAUGCAGAGGCACAAGUCGAUCGAAUACAGGCACUAGUGGCAGAUGACAGUGCGGAUGCGGAUGCAGCUUCCAACGCCAGUGCAGUGAGGCGUUGCUCAGCUCCGAUUCCUGUGAAUUCUGCCACAAAAAGGAAGCGGCUUCGACCGGCUCAGGUAGGACCUGAACAGACUGCAGGGACUCUAGCACCACAUGCAGUCGUGCGGGUUGAACGCCGGCCUCAUGUUCAAAUCCUUUCGGGGACUCCAAGUGGGUUGGAUGUCUCCAAGCUCAGUGAAGCAGAUCGGGAAUGGCUUACAAACCAUCCCUUGUACAUCAAGAUUCAUCACCACGGGUACCCCUUACCAUUUGGUGAUCAAGACAUCUUAGCUUUGAAAGCAUUUACUCCAAAAGAGAGUGGAGGGGAGGCUGACUUCACCUUCUACUGAAGAGGCAAAA